AUGGCCAAGUUUUGCCGACAGUGCGGGACGCCGCUGCACGGCCGCCGGUUCUGCUCCGAGUGCGGCGCCGACUCGGGGCCGUCGCAGAGAGACAUACACGCUACGCCAACGCCGACGCCCCAAGCCCAUGCUCCGGCGCCGUCGUCCUACUACGCACCCGCGGCAGAGCCGCCGCCAUCAUACUACGCGCCAGUGGCAAUGCCUUCCUACUACGCGCCGGCGCCAGUGACAGAGCCUUCCUCCUACUACGCGCCAGCAGCCGCGUCGACGCCAGCUGCGCCAUCGGUGCCGCCCGCCGCCGUCGGCGACGAAGCCACGUCGCUCUACAAGCGCAUCAUUGCGACCGUGCGCGCGGCGCACCGCGGCGAGGACGAAGAAGGCGCGGUGAAGGCGUUCAAGCGCGACUGCAAGCACUACGGCCAGGGCCGCCUCACCGCCGAGGCCUUUACGACCAACGUGUAUGGCUACUUUGGCGAGUACAUGAUGGAGUCGAUGAUGCCGCAGCUCGUGCGACUCAUCCCGGACGAUGCCAAGCGCGCCGACCUCAUGAACGCCUACGUGUACCUCGCGGCCCACCGCCCAAAGGGUGGUGGCUCGUCGUCGUCGACACUGUCGUCGUCAUCGCUCUCGACGCCGCCGCCGGCCACGUACACGGCGCCGCCCGUCGAGGAGGCGAGGUCGCGCUCCGACAAGCCAUCGUGCCACAUCUGCGCGCAGACCUUCGACCUCAUGCACCGGAAGCGCCAGUGCCGCAAGUGCGGGCGCGACACGUGCUCGAGCUGCUCGGCCACGCGGAUGCUGAUUCCGCCGGGCCAUGAGCAUGCGCUGGCGAAAGGCUUCGACCCGGCAGCCCCCCAACGCGUCUGUACGGCCUGUGCGCCGAUGCUGCAGCCGCUCCAGGACAAGCUCAUUUCGGCGUUUGCGAACGCCAACAAAGCCAGCGAAGCGCCUAAGUCCAAGAAAUGGUUCCAGUCCGUCCCACUCAAGCAGUCGAUCGAAGACGAGUGUGAAAACGCAGGUAAAAUUCUGCGCCAAUUCUUCGACCCGACGAACCUCGACCGGCGCAUUCCCGUCGCGUUCCUCGAACGUGCCCACGGGCUGGCGUUCCUGACUGUCGUCAAAGCCGGCUUGCUCAUUACGGCCAAGCUCGGGUCGGGCCUCGUCAUCACCAAGCUCCCGAACGGCACGUGGUCGGCGCCGGCUGCGAUUGGCACCACCGGCCUCGGCGGAGGCUUUGAAGGCGGCGGCGAAGUCGUCCAGAUUUUGCUCAUUCUCGGCACCCCCAAGGCCGUGCAGCAAUUCCAUGACACACAGAUUACCAUCGGCGCGGGCUUGGACGUGACGAUGGGCCCGUACGGACGGUCCGCGACCGUCAUUGCGUCCAUGGCCAAGGGCAACGGCCUGGGCGCCAACUACAGCUACUCGCACUCGAAAGGGCUCUUUGCAGGCAUCUCGCUGCACGGUGCCGUCAUCACCUGCCGGUCGGACGCGAACCGCGACUUUUACGGCCGGCACAUCCAGCCGUCUGAGAUCUUAUCGGGCGUCGUCGCGCCGCCCCGCGCGGCUGGUCGACUCUACGACGCGAUUGACGCUGCGAUGCAGAGCUGCGUCGACUAUCGACAAGAGCAAGAGGUCAAGCUCCACCGCGAGUGCUCGAUGUUUGGCUGUCCCUGCGACCGCUUCCGGCCGCAAAAGUUUUCGACCAAGUGCGGCAACUGCAACCACCCGCAUUGAUUGGGAAUCAUACAAUGCAAUUUUGUUU